AUGAUACAUAAUCUUAGUUAUUACUCACAUAUACCAUGGUUCACUAAACAACAUAUAUUCGAUUGGGCAUUAUGUGCAGUGAUAUUUAUUAUAGAGUCGGCAGUGUUCAACUUUGCCAUUCAACCUUAUGACAGAUACCUACCGGAUGGUUUGGCAACAUUCCAACAGAUUCAAUACCCUGUCCGAGCGGACAUUGUUCCCACUUGGUUGCUCAUGGUCAUUGCAUUCGCUGUGCCCAUUGCAGUGUUUGGCGCAGUGUUUGCCUAUUACAAGAACUCAAACGACUUCCAUCACGCAUGUCUCGGUCUCAUCCAGGCCUUCACAAUGACGAUGCUGUUCACAGACUUCUUAAAGGUGGCCGCUGGCCGAUACAGACCAAGCUAUGCAGGCAGAGUGGAGACUGGACGAGAAUCAUUCAUAAGGGAUGGGCGACUGUCAUUCCCGUCGGGACAUUCCUCAGUGUCAUUCGCAUCGAUGACCUUCCUCUCAAUGUAUCUUUGUGGCAAGUUAAAGAUCUUCCGCAAGUCUGGAUCACCAUCAUGGAAGCUAUUCAUUGCUCUCUCUCCAUUUGUCGUAUCAUCAUUGGUAGCCGUAUCAAGGACAAUGGAUUACCAUCAUGACUUUUCUGAUAUAUUAGGAGGUACAUUGAUUGGACUAUGCUUUGGAAGCUUUAUAUACUCCAACAACUUCAACUCACUCUAUUCGCGCGAGUGUGCACUGCCAAAGAACAGGUUGAAUCCACACUACGCCAACAAUGGAUUGUUGUUUGCCACUGACAAGGAUGACGAGUCAAUCACCAUUAAUGUCAUG